AUGGCGAGCAAGGUUACUUUCACCCUCAACUCCGGAUAUAAAAUCCCGGCAGUAGGACUAGGAACCUGGCAAUCCAAGCCACAUGAAGUCGAGAAAGCAGUUGAGGUAGCAUUGAAGGCAGGCUACAGACACAUCGAUGGUGCAUUUGCCUAUAAAAAUGAAUCAGAAGUUGGUCUGGGAUUGAAAAACUCCGGAGUUCCCCGCGAAGAGGUCUUCUUGACUUCUAAAUUAUGGAAUACCCAUCACCGACCUGAACAUGUUGAGCCGGCGUGUGACAAGACUCUCCGAGACCUUGGAGUUGACUAUUUGGACCUGUACUUGGUUCACUGGCCUGUGUCCUUCAUCCCGGGAGAUGCAGCGCUUCCAAAAGAUGCAGAAACGGGUCAGCUCCUUCUUGAUACUACAGUUACAAUGAAGGAUACCUGGAAGGCAAUGGAGUCCUUGGUUAAGAAAGGUAAAGUAAGGAGCAUUGGUGUCAGCAACUUCAGCAAGGAGAGAAUCGAGGACCUGCUGUCAUAUGCAGAAAUCCCACCGGCAGUGAACCAAGUAGAGGCGCAUCCAUACUUCCAACAGGAAGAAUUGAAAAAAUAUCUAUCCGAGAAAAACAUACUCUUGGAAGCAUAUAGCCCUCUGGGGAACAAUCUCCACAACAUGCCUAGAGCAAUGGACGAUGAGAAGAUUCAUAAAAUUGCAAAGGAGAAUGGAGUAAGCCCGGCUCGAGUUCUGAUCGCAUGGCAUGUCCAGAGAGGUACUGUGGUCCUGCCCAAAAGUGUGACAGCUGAGAGAAUCAUCGAUAAUUUUAAAGACUUUGAACUCUCUCAGUCCGCGAUGGAGGAGAUUAAUGCCCUUGAUCGUAAUGCUCGAGCCAGCCAGCCUCUUUUCUGGGGUGUGGAUAUAUUUGGCGAAAAGGGAGAAGAGUAUGUCCGCGAGGUGGCAAAGAAGAGAGGACUUGAAUAUAUUGCCAGUUUGAAAGGGUGA